CUGGCAACGUGACGUAGUUGCAAUGGGCGGGGCAACAUGUUGGCGUGCACAGCAGUUGGGUAAUGACGAGCUGUGAGUGGGCGGGGUUACAUGACCUAUGGGGGAGUGGAGUGUGUGUAUGAGGCAUGGAGAGUAGGAUGAAGGUGAGUUUGGUGUAUCAGUGUGUAGGGGUGUUAUAUAUUAUUGUAUUUAAAUAGCAUGGGAAAAGCAUAGAGAGAUUUAAGUGUCAAGAUGUGGUGAAUUAAUAAUUUUAUCUGCCUUUAAAUGUAACCUCCAACAUCUCUUAAACUAGUAGGUUUGGGUUUAUGAAUGAAAAGUAAUUUCAGGAGCAAAGGUGUAAACAUGGAGCAAUCUCCAUGGAAACCGAUGUAAUAUUCCUGGGGUCUGCUCCAUUUUAGUGUUGCCCCAGAAUGUUUAUUUUGUGUCUCUAUGAAUGCAGCUGUGUAUAUAUAUAUAACUGUAAUCAGAUUCCAUACACUAAACAGAGAGUGAGUCAAGGUCCAAAUUGUAAAAUGCAUCCUGCUAAAAUAGCCAGGUAUUUUGACCAAACUCUCUGAAUGUUUGUGUGUGUGUGUGUGUGUGUGUGUUUUUUUAUUAUUUUUUUUUAUUUGGUAUGGCUAUACCAUCAAAGUUAAAGGACUACUCCAAACACCAAAAAUAAUGUAGUAGUUAUGGUGCCAGGAGUACCCUCGGGCCCCCCACUCUCCCAUUGCUAGUAGUCAAACUGGUUACUUUUACUUUACUUUUUGUCUGCAUGGUGCUGCUCCUACCUCCACUACUUCAAUGAGAGAGCUGGAAGCGCCUAUGUAGAAGCAUAUUGAAAGGGAAACUAUAGGUUUGGAAUACAAAAUUGUAAUCCUAGCCUAUAUUGCCCAUUUCGCUCUGGUGCUGAACUGUGCAAGAGUGUGAGUCGUUGUUUGCCUCAUCACUAGGGUAUAACUGACUUGCAGAGGACUACAUUAACUGCAUGUAACCACUUAAAAAGGUAAAUAUUGCCUGGUCCAUUCUAUUGGAAGUUCACGAUACAUAUCAUUGACGGAUGAAGAUAUGCUGGUAGUUAUUUUUUUUUUGUCUGUGGACCUAGGAGCAGGGGGCCUGCCCUGGCACCUGCAUUAUGCCAAGUGAGCUCCUUUUCACAUUAUUAUUAUUAUCCACGCAUUAUUAUUGCUGUGAUCACAGUGUAUAUUUGGAGAAUCUCUCUGCUAAUGUCCACAUUGAUAUCAGAAAGCUAGGACUACUGCUAUGGUAUAAGGGUAACAGAAGUUUACAGGUGGCUUGGAUUAGGGAGCACGAAUAACUGGCAAAGACUGUAACUCCUUUGAUACACAGACCAAUGAUGGCUCAUUAAUCAUAAGUCUCUUAUCAGACCAUCAUGACCUAGGACUACCAAACAGUGUGAAUUGUUGGCUAUGUGUCAUUACAGCUUUGGUUAACAGAAAAAUGACCCCCAAAAUAAGGCUAAUAAGAUAUACUAAUACCUUUGGUGUUUACAAAAGAUGUUUUUGUGUAGUAAGUUGGGCUCUAAAAAUGCACCAGGCCUUUUCUUCAGUAGCACUUAGGUGAAAUGCACAACAUAAUUCCCAGAUUUUACUAUUAACAUGACAUAAAGUCAUGAUUUUAUUAAAGACACGGAGGCGAGUAAUAUGCAUUAUUCUUUCUUUAUUCCCUCAGCAGCAAAGAUAGAAGAAUAUAAAUAUUAUCAAAAUGAAAGAAAAAACUGUAUAGGCACACUGGCAACCAAUCACAUAACAGAUGAAGUGACUAUAAAAGGCCUGUCUCUCCCACAAUCCCCCUCUUUCUUGCAAAAACCGAAGACCAGGAAACCUGAAACAUCAUCACACUUGGCAAGAACAGGAAACUGGAACAAAUUGAUAGCUUCAAGCUAAAAGAGAGAAAGAAAUAUGGUAAUAACCAAACUCCAAACUGAACACUUACCAAACAAGUAUGUCGGUUGCUUCUCAGGAACUUAAACCUAUAACAUAGAAAAUACGAUUAACCCCUUUAAGACCUAGGACGGUUCAGGACCGUCCUCGGCAUUUUUGCGUUGCCGGCCGAGGACGGUCCUGAAUCGUUCUAACGGAAACCGGGCGGCGGGAGCGAUCGGAGAUCACUUCCGCUGAAAUCUCGUUGUUACUAUCUGCCCGGCAUGGCAGGCAGAUAGUAACAGCCAGUUGCGGCGUGUGAGCAAUCCGCGAUCGCUUACAAUUGGCUGGUGUCAAAGUGGGUGUUACAAACACUCACUUUGACACUGAUCUCUGCCUCUCUCCCCUCUGUAGCCUUUUGUGAGGCGACAGAGACAGAGAUCGUGAUAUAUUGUUGCAGCAGGUGUUCCAGAGAGUUUUUAAAAGUAUCACCAGUGAAUAGAAAUCACCUUUUAACCCUUUCCCUGCCAGAUCUGUUACAGACAGUGCAUUUGUACUGUCUGUAUUUUUUUUUUGCCCUUAAGGGUUAUCUUUAUUUAAAAAAAUCUGUGUCUUAGACUGUUGUAGUCAGUCAGUUUCCUUCCCCCAAAUCUCCAUUAGAUUCUUCUAACAGGAGUUAGUUUAGGGAUUACUGUUUUAGUCUGUUUUGUAUAAAAAAAAAAUAUAUAUGUAUAUAAACCCCUUAAGGACACGUGACAUGUCAUGAUUCCCUUUUAUUCCAGAAGUUUGGUCCUUAAGGGGUUAAAAAAAUGUUGUUAAGUAUUUUGUUAGUUUAGUCUGUUAGUGUGAAACAUACAGCGCAUGUACAGCUUGGAGGAGGCAUAUGCCUUCUUGGCGUCAGACUCUGACGCCACUGACACUGACCCAGGUCAGUUUAGCGGCACGUCUUGUGACAUGUCAUCUGUGUGUGAGCCAGCUGCUAAAAGAAGCUGUGCUUCCCCUGCUACGCCGAAUGUGGAGGAGGACUGGGUACCUCCACAGUCAGCUGAGCCCAACAUCCCCCCUUUUAGUGCCAACGCAGGCUUUAAUGUGAAUGUGGUUGACUUCUCCCCUAUACAAUAUAUGAAGUUAUUUUUAGGGGAUACCAUCUGGGAGGAGAUUGUUUCCCAGACUAAUUUAUACGCUAGCCAAUUUACUGAGCCCAAUCCAGGUAGCUAUGCAGUCAGGGAGCAUGCUUGGCAUCCCACAGAUGUCCCUGAACUUAAAAAAUUCUGGGCUCUUACAAUGCUCAUGGGGACAAUAAAGAAGCCAUCAAUCUGCUCUUACUGGAGCACCAACCCAAUUUGUUCAACUCCUAUAUACUCCCAAACAAUGCCUAGACCAAGAUAUGAGCUGCUGCUAAGAUACUUACAUUUCAACGACAAUACCCUCUGUCACCCCAGAGAUCACCCCCAAUAUGAUAGGCUUAAUAAAAUACGCCCACUGGUAGACCAUCUUCAGAACAGAUUUUCUGAAGUUUAUACUCCCCAACAAAAUUUAUCUAUUGAUGAAUCCCUUAUGAAAUAUAAAGGGAGAUUAGGGUUCAAACAGUAUAUCCCCUCAAAGCGGUCUAGGUAUGGCAUUAAAGUGUACAAACUGUGCGAGAGCGAAAAUGGCUACACAUUUGCCUUUCGUGUAUAUGAGGGGAAAGAUGCUCAACUGAACCCUCCUGGCUGUCCUGACUCUCUGGGGACAAGUGGGAAACUUGUUUGGGACCUACUGAUCCCCUUGUUCAAUAAGGGUUACCACCUUUAUGUGGAAAAUUUUUACAGCAGUGUCCACUUGUUUAAAAUUCUUUAUCGUUUGCAGACACUGGCCUGCGGCACUGUAAGAAGAAAUGCCAAGGAUUUCCCCAGACCUCUCAUAGAGGCCAAAUUAAAAAAAAAGGUGAAUGCAAAGCUCUGCGCAAAGCUGAACUGCUUGCGCUAAAAUUUAAGGACAGGAAGGAUGUUCACAUGCUAACAACCAUCCAUAACAAAGGCAUGUCAGAUGUCACUGUCCGAAGCAGGGUACAGACUAAACCUGUUUGCGUCAGGGCUUAUAACAGGCACAUGGGGGGUGUUGAUUUGGCUGAUCGGCUGAUGCAGCCAUUUCUUAUCUUAAGAAAGACAAAAGCCUGGUAUAAAAAGGUGGCUAUCUACCUGUUGCAAGUAGCAACACAUAAUUCAUUUUUACUCUUUAAAAAAAUGAAUCCAGGAAGAACCACCUAUCCCCAAUUUCAGCUCAAGCUGAUUUCCACAAUAAUUUAUGGAGAUGGUCAAGUUCCAACAACGGUGCCAGAGAAGUCCAGACAUUUUAUUUUUAAGAUACCGCCAACUGCAAAAAAAACAAAUCCCCUGAAACGUUGCCGGGUCUGUUAUAAAAAAGGGAAAAGAACAGACACCUCUUUUCACUGUCCCGAUUGCCCUACAAAACCUGGACUGUGUAUUGGAGCAUGUUUUAAGGUCUACCACACAGAAAAUAAAUUUUUAUAAUACUUGUUCCUGAUAUAUUUUUUUUGUUUAUUUUGAAAGCAGCAAAUUUCUGUUAGUCAGUAUCCUUCCCCCAAAUCUCCAGAUAGAUUCUUUUUGCAGGAGUUAGUUUACAGAUUGCUGCUUGUGGAAGUUUUUAGUCUCAUGUAGUCUGUUUGUUUUUAUCAGUUUUAGUCUGUUUUUAGUAUAAAAUUAAAAAAAAUUGUGUGUUAGUAACUCUGUGUUAGUCAGACUCUGACGCCACUGACACUGCGUCCGAUUUUGACCCAGGUCAGUUUUCUGACACAUCUAGUGACAUGUCAUCUGUGUGUGAGCCGGCUGCAAAAAGAAGUUGUGCUUUCUCUGCUACACCGAAUGUGGAGGAGGAACGGGUUUCUCCACAGUUAGCUGAGCCCAAAUUCCCCCCUUUUAGUGCCAACACAGGCAUUAAUGUCAAUGUGGAUGACUUCUCCCCUAUGCAAUAUAUGGCUAUUUUUAGGGGAUACCAUCUGGGAGGAGAUUGCUACCAAAUUUAUUGAUACCAAUCCAGAUAGCUAUGCAGUCCGGGAGGAGUGUGCUUGGCAUCCCACAGAUGUCGCUGAAAGUAAAAAAUUCUGGGCUCUUACAAUUCUCAUGUGGAUUAUAAAGAAGCCAUCAAUUCGCUCUUACUGGAGCACCAACCCAAUCUGUUCUAGUCCAGUGUACUCCCAAACCAUGUCUAGAACAAGAUAUGAGCUGCUGCUGAGAUACUUACAUUUCAAUGACAAUACGCUCUGGCAGGGUACAGACAAAACCUGUUUGCGUCAGGGCUUAUAACAGGCACAUGGGGGGGUGUUGAUUUGGCUGAUCAUUUGAUGCAGCCAUAUCUCAUCUUAAGAAAGACAAAAGCCUGGUAUAAAAAGGUGUCUAUCUACCUGAUGCAAGUAGCAACACAUAAUUCAUUUUUACUCUUUAAAAAUAUGAAUCCAGAAAGAACCACCUUUCUCCAAUUUCAGUUCAAGCUGAUUUCCACAAUAAUUUAUAGAGAUGGUCAAGUUCCAACAACGGUGCCAGAGGAGUCCAGACAUUUUAUUUUUAAGAUACCGCCAACUGCAAAAAAAACAAAUCCCCUGAAACGUUGCCGGGUCUGUUAUAAAAAAGGGAAAAGGACAGACACUCCUUUGCACUGUUUUUUUUUCUUUUGAAAGCAGCAAAUUUUAGUUAGUCAAUUUCCUUCCCCCAAAUCUCCAGUUAGAUUCUUUUUGCAGAAGUUAGUUUAGAGAAUGCUGCUAAAGGUGCGUUUGAUACCUGCACAUUUGGUUAAAAAAGUUUUAUGGCAGUAACAUAUAACUGGCUGGCCAAAACCAGAUGACGUGUGCAUAAAAAGCAGAAUUCAAAAAUUACCACCAUGCACGUUCUCUGAAAUUUGUUUAGCACAAUGGUUGGAGGAAGGAUGUGAAAACACCCCAACAAUACCCUGGAAUGUCUACUUUAUACAAAUAUAAACCUUCAUGAUGUUAACAUUAACUGGGGGAUGCAAAAAUAUGCAAAACUGAAGAUAGGCCAAGCAUACCUAUAUAUCAAGUUGAAAAACUGAUAUGUACAAGUCUUGAUUGUAGCCUUUUAGCCCCCAAACAGCCCAGCAAACCUAUGCAUGGGUGAUAUCACUGUACUCAGGAGAUGUUGCUGAACACUUAUUGGGGUGUUGUUUGGCAGUGAUACAUAACAGGAUCUGUUAAUUCAUGCCUAAAGUACAAUAUAUGUGUAAAAAACACGAAAAAAAUUACUACCCAAAAGUUUGCCAAAGGCUGGUGGUAGAAUUAUUGAAUGAAAAGUGUUAAACUACCACCAUUUAAAAUACCCUGAGUUGUCUACUUUUCAAAAAUAUAUGGUUUGAUGGGGGUAAAAUACAUUGGCCCAAAUAGGACAGGGGCGCAGGUUUACUACAUGUCAAAAUUCCAAGUUGGAAAAUGGAAAUGCGCACCUGCCAAAUGUGGCCUUUUAGCCCCCAAACAACCCGACAAGCCUAUUCAUGAGUGGUAUCACUGUACUCAGGAGAUGUUGCUGAACACAUAUUGGGGUGUUGUUUGGCAGUGACACAUAACACGAUCUGUUAAAGGACCACUAUAGUGCCAGGAAAACAUACUCGUUAAAACUUACCUUUUUCCAGCACUGGGCGGGGAGCUCUCCGCCUCCGAUCCGCCCCGUCGGCUGAAUGCGCACGCGCAGCAAGAGCUGCGCGCAUAUUCAGCCGGUCGCAUAGGAAAGCAUUAUCAAUGCUUUCCUAUGGACGCUGGCGUGCUCUCACUGUGAAAAUCACAGUGAGAAUCACGCAAGCACCUCUAGCGGCUGUCAAUGAGACAGCCACUAGAGGAUUUGGGGGAAGGCUUAACCCAUUGAUAAACAUAGCAGUUUCUCUGAAACUGCUAUGUUUAUAAAAAAAAAUGGGUUAACCCUAGCUGGACCUGGCACCCAGACCACUUCAUUAAGCUGAAGUGGUCUGGGUGCCUAGAGUGGUCCUUUAAUUCAUGCCUAAAGUAAAAUGUGUGUGAAAAAAAAACAACCUCUGUUGUUGAAGCCACGUUUGGGUGGACGGCUCCUACUACGCCCGGCCCCUCCAAAAACCUUUAAGCGCAAACACGUGCUUCAUAUUGGCCCGGGCUUUAUCAAUGGCCGUAAAGGUUUUAACGUAGGACCCCAGGUCCUUCACGAAGGUAUCGCCAAACAACAUCCAAUCGCUGGAUGAACUCGAUACCGCCAUGGUAGCUAAUUUGGGAUAAAUUUUCAGCAAAAUCGCUUUAUGUCGUUCUGCUGACAUAGCGGUAUUCACAUUCCCCAAAAGACAAAUAGCCCGCUGGACCCAUCUUAUGGCCACAUCUACAUCCAGGAAAAGAGGGGGUCAAGGGCUGCACUUAGGUAAAAAAAAUUAAAAGUAUAUAAGAUCGUAUAUUAAUAAAAUAAACAGCGAUAAUAAAAUCAAAUAAAGUUCAUCCGGAUUUUUGAAAAGUAUAAAUAAAAUAAAAACAGUCUCACUGGUAUGCGGUACCACGAUAUUAAUCCUCAAGUAUGGCUCCGUCCGUGUAGUAGGUAGUCCAUAUAUGUGAAGAUAAAAAACAAAAGAAAAAGCUGCCAAUGGUGAAAUAUUGUAUAUCCUGAUGUGGUAUAUAUUCAAAGGAAAUAUAUUUCACUCACAUUUGGUGGAGCUUAUUGCCAGCUCUGGGAGAAGAGACACUUAGUGGUUUGAUCCCCACUAACGGAUAUACUUGGAUGGUCCGUCUGUCCGGCUUGGAAUUCAUGUGGUAUCGGCUAGGAUCUACUUCACAUAUGCGUUGAUUCCUUAAUGCUUGGAAGAUAGGUCCGCCUUUCCAGUAUCGGAUAGUAGGUGUCCACGGAGUAUAUAUGAAACACCAAAUAGUGCUCUCAGUAUGAACAACAAAAUAAUAUCUUUAAGUGAGUUAUACUUACAAGAAUAGAGCAGAUAGGUACUGCUCUAUUGCCACAGCGCUGGUGGAAUUAUCCCCACCUAAGGAUUUCUUUGGACGGAAUAUACUUUCAAGUUAAAAAUAAAAAAUAAUAAAAAAGGGAUGACAUCUACAUUCAGGGCCGAGUCGCCGGCUCUAGCAGCAUCCAGAAGCUCAUAUAGCUUAGACAAAGGGCCCAGGGUAUCCAAAAUUUUGUCUUGGCACCCUUUUAGGGAAAAAUCCAGUCCUUUUUUAGGUUUCCAGCCCGACUUGUUCAAACAUUGCGCGGUCUUGGGGUUAAUCUCUGGGGUCUUGCAGGCCGUGCCUGGGAGGGAAGGACUGGGGCAUUCAGCACGUAGUUUAUUGCGGUCCUCCUUAGAAAGGGGGGUGCGCAUGCGUCAUGCAACAUAUUGGGCGAUAUGCCCUGGGGGUUCCCACUCGGCUGACCGGGGUGGCGCAGGUCAUCUGGGUUGAACAGGGGGUUGCCCUGCGGAUCCAACAGUGCCACACCAUCCCCAGUGAGGCCAGACGGAAGACCUCGUGUAGUGGCAGAGGUCCCAGAAGGGGUCACACCCGUAUGGGGUAAAUCCUCACCCGACUCAACCUUAUCGUAAGAGGCGUAGUCCAGCACGUCUGAGUCAGCCUCCACACUCCGGUCGGUAUCCGACCCCUCCUCAUGUGACCUAGCCCGUUUCCACAGUCUAGCCUUUUUAGACCGGCCAGGGGCUCUUUUGCGCAUGGGAGGCGCGCUAUCUGUGACCGCCUCAAGCGUGUCCAUCAUGGCAGGUAGAACCUGCAUCGGGGAGUGGGAGUCGACGUGCUUAGCGUUUGCCCGCACCUUAUGGGCACCAGGCACGGCAGGGGCAGGCGGGGGGUUCCGGCACCCAGGAAGGCGGGGGCCGCCAUAGAAGGUAAUAACAUGGCUUGCAAGGACUGGGAGAACGAUGUGGACACCGCUCAAAGGCCUUCUGUAAGGAUGGCAUCCAGUAGGGCUUGAUAUUCUUGGGAGGUUACAGUACCUUCAGAGGCCUGGGUGUAGGCCUCUGCAAGGCCCUCAGGCCCUUCAUCCUUAUCCUGCAUGCUAAAGCCAAAUAUAUAUAUUUGAACAUUAGUGGAAGGGUAAACAGCAGGGUUGAGUAACCACAGUAGUAACAAUAAAUAAUCAGACUGAAGGUGUGCCCAGGGGUACCAGUGGUCAGCAAUACCGAGCAGUAGCCUGAUCGAGAGCCGCAGGGAGACCGGCCUUGAGUAAGCUCCGCCCAGAAAAUGGCCGCCGCACAUGGGAGCCGGGCAGAGCCUGAUCGCAGGCAGAACACAGGCGGGGGAAGAGGCGCUUACACAGCGCCUGCGCAAGGAUGAGCCGCGGUCGGCAGCGAGCCGCGUCAAAGUGGCGUCUGCGGCCCGCGCACUACCCGGUGAGAGAGGCAGACGCCACAUGGAGGUAAGGGGAAAUCUCUCCGACGGGAAAAACCACACACCCAAAGGAGAUCCCCACCAGGUACACCUUGCAGAAAUACAACAGAACAACACAACAGUGCUAUAAACUAAUAAACACAAUGCAAAUGACCAUGAUAUAGGAAUAUCAAGGAAAAUAUUAAUCACAAUAUACUUAGCUGGUCUGAGGGAGCAGCAAAGAAAGAGAGGGAUUAUGGGAGAGACAGGCCUUUUAUAGUCACUUCAUCUGUUAUGUGAUUGGUUGCCAGUGUGCCUAUACAGUUUCUUCUUUCAUUUUGAUAUUUAUAUUCCUCUAUCUUUCUUUGCUGCUGAGGGAAUAAAGAAAGAGUUAUGCAUAAUAGGAGCCUCCAUGUCUUUAAUAAAAUUACAAUGAGUACAAUGUACAAUACUGUUUUACCCCACUCCCUCUAGCAUGUAAGCUAAUUGAGCAGGGCCCUCAACCCCUCUGUUCCUGUGUGUUCAACUUGUCUGGUUACAACUACAUGUCUGUUUGUCCACCCUUUGUAAAGCACUGUGGAAUUUGAUGGCGCUAUAUAAAUAACAUAAUAAUAAUAAUACUGUGAAAGAACUAGGUGGAAAAUGACCCCUGAGUAAAGCUGGAAAUGGUAUGUGCCAAACUGUGGUAUGCAUUUAUGCCGUUUGGGCUGCUAAAAUGCCAAAUGCAACCCGUUAUCAAUAUUACACGUGUUUUGUUUUAAAAUUGUAGUGGUUACGAUGUUUGGAGGUGCCUUUUGAGGAUUUUUAUUUUGUUCUCUAAUAUGGUUUUAAUGUGUUUCUUCUUUGAUAGGUACUGAAGCUUUUUAAAACUUUGCACAGGACCAGACAACGUGUGUUUCAAAAUGAUAGCAGAGCAUUGGAAGGUAAAUAUUUCUGAAAAGUUGGAUUUCAAAUUGAAUAUGUUAUCUGUGUCCAUUAGCAUACCCAAAGACUUUAAUGAUCAUUGUGUGGUAUAUUUAUAUAGAGGUACGUGUAUUUUUUAUUUUACAAUAACACAGAUUUCUACUACCUAUCUCUUUUCAUUUUGUUUUUCCUUUGCUUUCUCUAGAAUUUUCUUUAAAUUAGUUUUCUGUUAAAUUGAAGUCAAAGUCACAUAACAAAAACGUCUGUCUGUUAAGACUGUGUGCUAAGCUCGUUGAAGUCUGUGUGCUUAUCCAAAAAGGUGAUGCCAAAAACAAUCUCUCUCUAUUUGAUAUAUAUGUAAAAAAAAACAAAAAAAAAGUUUGUUUUUUUGUUUUUGUUUUUUAAGCUGGGAGACAGAAAAUCAAUGAAGAGUUCAAAAAGAACAAAAGUGAAAGUUCUCCAGUGAAAAUAUCAGAGGUAAUAGACAUUUCAGUUUGAAAACCUAGUAUAGCCUCCUAGUACAGUAUUCUAUUACUUAGCUAGCGUGAUAAUUACUUCGGUAUUAUUAUAAAGUUGCUAUCACAUUCAGAUUUCAUUUAGAUUUUAAAAAUCAACAAAAUGAUUAAAUAGAAUGAAGUUAUGCAAUAACAGUGGACAAUGGAAUUACUACAGAGAUAAGAAAUGCAUGGGUGUAAUGUAUUUUGCAUGCACAUUGGUUCCAUUAAUGAAAAAAGAAUGAAAUUGCUAAAACUAGUUCAUGAUAUAAGUCCAGUAAAUAGAAUUUUAAAAAAUGUAUCUAUAAUGCAUUAAAAAGUUGGCAAAUCCACACUAAUCUGUAAAAUAUAGGAUUUGGAAACAGGAAUGGUCCACACUCGGUUAAAGCACUUUUAUUUUAUGUUUUUGUUAAUAUAGUUAAUAAAAAUUGGAGCAGACGUGGAACUUCUUCUCAGAACCACUGUUAUCCAAGGAUUUCACACAGAUUCUCACACAAUAGGUAAGCACUGUCCUGCUUCCCUGACCUCUACAUGCCCAAUUUAUAAUUCUGAUAUAAUUGCAGUAGCGAAGUAGUAUGAUCCUUUUUUUUUUCUGAAUAUUUUGUGUCUGGAGCCUAUCAUAUUUAUGGCAGUUUAUAAAAGUGCUGAUUUCAAUACAAAUUAACACUUUUGUAUUUUAGGGACAGAGACAGAAAACCACAGAGGGUUUUCUUUUUUCUUUUUUUUGUCAAUCUUUGUUUUAUUGAGGUAUGGAAAAAAGUGAGUAGUCAGAGUAAGAGUAGAGGCUUUGCUCGAAAGAGCCCGUCUCAGCCCCCCGACCUUCUUCACCUUCCUCUCAAUAUUAGUGUUGGAAACAUGCGCUUCACCAGCUUCGUCCAAAAGCGUUGAAAACUCCUGUUGAGCCAUUCAAGUGAACACUCCAUCAUAUUGUAGUGGUCUCCGCAGGGCUGCAUGACUAAGUAUACUCUGACAUUUGAGGCACGUCCAUCAUCUUGACAGGAUCGCCGCCUGUGUUACGUAAACUGCAGGAACCAGCCAAGGUGCGUUCGUCGGACAAGUGGGGACCAGGGUAACCCCCACCAGUCCAAAGGGAGGGGGAAACAGGACCAGGAAGACAUUCCUUCAAGGAGCUAUACUGAGUCAAUCUUUGAGUAAGCAAGGCAUCGGCCGUCCGCCUAAUCCCUCAGUCGAGUAGGCCGGGUGCUCAAUUUCCCAGCUGGUCUGCUCUGUGUCCAUAUAAGGGUUCUGCAGGCGUAGCAGAGAUUAUGUAGGGCACAGAUGUUGACUUUUAAGAACAAAAAAAGAGUUGAGUUUUUGUUUAGUUUUAGUAAAAUAAGAGAAAUCAGGCAGGAGCCUGUCAGACAUGCGGCUAGCCAACUCGGCGGUCCGGCCCUGCCCUCGGGUUUUCUGUCUUUUCCAUUUCCAUGGAGCUAACAGAAUUCAGCAGUCACACUGUGCCUUCCCCCAUUCCCAAUGAGCUGUUUUACAAACUUGUGGCUCCAAUACAGAGGCUCCUCAAUAUUCACCCUGUAAUUGGAGCAUUCCCAUGUACAGAGAGAGAGCCUGUACUGGGGAAAAAUAUAUUCUGCCAGACCAAUGAAAGGAAAACCCAUAUUUCAUUUUGUGUAUAGCUAUAUACCACAGUCAAGCCUUUGGCUAAUUUCCAAGUUGCCUGGCGGGUAAUCUGUUUCAGAGACUUUAAAUACUAUCUUUUAACUAGAUUUCUUGACAAACCCGAAGGAUCUAACAAAUCAAAUUCUUUUUCAUCUACGCCCGAAUAAAUCAAGCCAUCUGAGAUUUACCUGUUUAGUCAUUGAAUAUAUGUAAAUCCCAGACGGAUUGAUUCGUUUGAGCGUAGAUUAAAAGGGAUUUUGAUUAGUUUGACCCACCUGAAAAACAUUUGUGCACAUGUCUACUUUUUCUUAUGGUAGUGCAAAUACUGCCUCACACCAAAACAAAAACUGCCUGUAAAGUACUGAUCUGUUGUGACAAUCAGGUUUGAUGUAUUGCGUUUUGCUCUCUAUUGCACGUCUAUUCUUCUAACAGACUACCAUUUCUCUUACAGUUUUACAACCAAGAGAAGAAGUUAUGUUAGACAAUGCACCAUAUUGUGAUGGCCCCAAAAAAUAAGACUUCAGGAUCUUUUUUAAAUAUAUUUUUAUUCAAUUUUAUAUAUCCCAUUGGUUUUUAGUGUGUUUUUUGUUUUAUCUAUUUUAAUUUUAUUUUUUUGUAAAACGGUUCAAUGGUUCACAUCUUUAUAAUUUAAAGAUUGGAAAUUCUGUCACAGUCUACAUUAAUUAAAUCUCCAUUCUCUGUUUGGAAUACACAUGGUUUAUUUGGCUCUUCCGUGCCAUUUACCUGUUUCUUGAGCAACUGCCUGUUUUGCCUAUUGCAAAAAUUCAGCUACUGUGAGUCAACAAUUAGGCUAUCGUUGUAUUUAAAUAUCUGUGUCUUCAAAAACUGCUGGCUUGCUUUUUUUCCUUUAAUUUCUAAACUAUAAUUUUAAGCUGUUAUUAAAUUUAUUUUUCUUAAAGUUUGUUUCUUACUUUUUUCUGACUCUCCUUUAUAUGCAUAUAUGGAGCUGAGAGGGUUAUGUGAUGAUUGUACCCUCAGUAAAGGGAUACUAAGCUUUAGUCUAAUAAAGCAAUGUUGGUGUAUAAUACAUUACACUAUAUUUAGAAUUAUUUUAGAUUAGUUUAUCAGUUAUAUCAGAACAGAUUUUUGUUAUAGACCAUUUAGGAAUAUAUAUAGAUGUUGAUUACAUUAUUCCACUGUUUACUAUUUACAUUUUACUAUGUUGAUUACUCAUGUUUGGAGAACAACAUAAAUUCAUUAAUGUGUGUACAUAGAGUUGCAGAAUAAAAAGGAGUUUUUUUCUGUUUGUUCAUUUUAUAACAUUUAUACUGUGUAAAAAGUGCAUAAAAUCACUUCAGACCCAAGUACAAUUAACUUGGAUUAAUGGGAUUAAUUUACCAUAACAUUUAUAUAUUGUAUUAAUAUACAGCCUGCUGCAUAACUAAGCAAAUGUCAUACUGACUACAUGUCUGUACUAUAAUGUAUCUUAAAUAGUAAACUAUCUUUCAAUAGA